AUGAGUCAGGAUAAUUUCCCAUUGAAAUUCCGUCGAGCAUCUAGCAAACUUCACAAGGACCCCCCUAGCUUCAGUUCGCGCAUUCUUCGGAGUCAUCAAAGCACCACAUCGUUGAAACGCACCCCCUCCGCUCCCGUCUAUCCACGUUCUUCUCCCAGCGGCAGUCGCGAGCAUAACCGAUCGCGAUCCAACGCCCAAUUUCCAGGUUCUUCCUCGUCAUCCCUGGAUCAGAACAGUGGCGGUCCAUCGCCUUCCAACGACGAAUCAAGUGGCUUCUUCUCUAAUUUCACCUCCCGCUCUCGCACCCGCAGUUCCAACCGUUUUUCCUACAACGAGCAGAGCUCGGAUGAAUUGAACGGCCCUUACGAAACGCGGGGCAUGCUCAGUGCAUUGGACGAGAACAGUGCCGAGACCGAUCCUCAUUCCCAGCAAAAGCCCGGACUCCGCUCUCACCACACCAGCCCCGACACCCGCGGACGCCACUCACUUCGUCAGUCAGCUAGCUUCACCACUCUGACGCAACGAAUGGAUCCCUUCGCUCAUCGUGAGACUGAGAGGCCUCCGAAUGCCGCUAAACGCUAUUCCGACGAUGCCAAUCCUCCAGCCGCCCCCGAACGAGACAGAGCAAAAAGGCCAGCUUCUCUAGAUUUGUGGACAACCGGACAAUUUACCGGUCUUCCUAAAGAAUGGCAGAGACUACUACAGGAGAAUGGUAUCUCGAAGAAGGAGCAGGAAGAGCACCCACAGACUAUGAUGGAUAUCAUGCGAUUCUACGAAAAGAACACUCGUGGCGACAGUGAUGACGAAGUUUGGCACAAGUUCGACAAUGCGCAAGCUGCUCAAGCCGCACAAGCUACCAGCCCACGAGAACAAACAUCGCCACCGGGAAGUCCACGAUUUCCGCAGAAUCACGAAAGCAGCUUUGAGAAUCCGCGAUCGCCCCCACCGAUUCCUCGCGGGCCUCCGGCAGCGUCGCCUGCCAUGUCUCCUCCACUAGGCGGCAUGGUGCCUCAUCGUGCUCCCCCGAAACCGCCAACCGGAAUGACCCCCUCCCGCCCUCCUCCUCAACCCCCGGUCUCAAAUUCGCACGGAGCCCCGCAGCGAGCUCCCCAGGAGACCUACGCUCCUACAUUUGGCACUCCGACCAUCCCCGAAUCUGAGCCAUUGCCAGCAUCGCCCCACCGCAGUCCUCCCAGCUCCCGAAAUGGCACCCCUGCACCCAGCGUUCCCAAUAUUCCGAAUGUCAUCGCAUCCCCAACACAAUACCAACGGCAACAGGAGCAGGUCAUGGCCGCGGCACAGCAGACUCUGGAAAGGAACCGCACCCAACGCCAGCAAGCGCAGCAGCCCCCGACUAUCUCCACAUCAACCGCUGCUCCGGCACCGGAUCUUUCAUCUGGGGUGUCACCCACCACGCGCGCACCACCUGCUGCUAGACCUAGACAGCGUCAGCAGCGACAGAGCAGCAUUAUGGAUAUCCGGGCACGCUUGAUGGCAAUCUGCCACCCUGGCGACCCCACGCAGAUCUACUACAAUUUCAACAAAAUCGGCCAAGGUGCUUCUGGUGGUGUGUACACAGCGUAUGAGCAUCCUCACAACAACUGUGUUGCCAUCAAGCAGAUGAACCUCGACUUGCAACCCAAGAAGGAUUUGAUUAUCAACGAGAUAUUGGUCAUGAAAGAUAGCAAGCACAAGAACAUCGUGAACUUCUUAGAGAGCUUCCUACAUGGACUGGAUCUUUGGGUUGUGAUGGAAUACAUGGAAGGUGGCAGUUUGACAGACGUGGUUACCUUCAACAUUAUGAGCGAAGGACAGAUUGCAGCUGUUUGCCGAGAGACUCUGAGCGGCCUCCAGCAUUUGCAUUCCAAGGGUGUGAUUCAUCGAGACAUUAAAUCCGACAACAUUCUGCUGGCAAUGGAUGGUAACAUCAAGCUGACCGAUUUCGGUUUCUGUGCUCAAAUCAAUGACUCGCAGAACAAGCGGAACACCAUGGUUGGUACCCCGUACUGGAUGGCCCCCGAAGUUGUGACUCGCAAAGAGUAUGGCCGCAAAGUCGAUAUCUGGAGUUUAGGUAUUAUGGCCAUUGAGAUGAUAGAGGGCGAGCCGCCAUACCUGACAGAGUCUCCAUUGCGAGCACUCUACCUGAUUGCUACGAACGGAACACCCACCAUCAAAGAUGAACACAAUCUAUCCCCCGUCUUCCGCGAGUUCCUUUACUUUGCCCUCAAGGUUGACCCAGAGAAGCGGGCCUCGGCUCAUGACCUACUGAAGCACCCAUUUAUGUCUCUCUGCGCACCACUAUCGCAUCUUGCCCCCUUGGUAAAGGCUGCUCGUCUCAGCCGAGCCCAAGAAAAAGCCCAAAAAGGAGGUGCUUGA